UGGUGCGCCAGGCGCGCCCUGGCCAAAUGACCACUCAGCCGUUUGUGCAGAACAAUGAAACCGUAGACCUGCCUGCUGCUGGACUCACGGCGCGCUCGUGAUGUCAGGGAAUCUGUGGAAAGCGAUACAGCAGCAGAGGUUAUUUUCAGCGCAGAGACAAACACGUUCAGUCCCGCCGCCGCGCGCCGCCGCCCCCACGGCCCCACAGAAGAUCCACUCUGGACUCCUUCCAGAUGUGCGCGCCGUGCUGAGAUAAAGCAGGUCAAAGACACUCUGGAGCGACACAUCAAGUGAGCAACAGCUUUGGAGCGCGCAGGCUUGGAGCGUCAACAGACUGCGGCGCGCGCAGGAGACGCGCGACUGGCUCAGGCGCGCAGCCGCCGCGGGGGGGUUAUAAAAGCCCCACGCUGCGCCUCAGACUCCAGAGUGGAUCCUGCAGGACCCCCACCGAUCAAGAGGGGAGAAAGCUCCCCGAACCACGGCGGCCCGUUCACUUUCCCUGUCAGAAACGCGUGACGCUCACGCAUUUGACGCAUUUUCCUCGGACCUCCCGGAUGGCUGGAAGCUCUUUGGUUGGAGUUUUUCUGGACUUUGAGAGACAAUUCCACGGGACUCUAAUAUUAUAAAGCUGUCUGCUUCUCCAGCUAUGGGCCGCCUGAUCCGUGGAGCUGGGACAUGUCCGCUCUGAGCCUCCUCAGCCCGUCUGCGCUGCUGCCUGGCCUGGGGAAUAGCAGUGUGGAGGGCGGCGGGACGUCCCAUCAGGGAAACUGUUCCUCGGUGGAGACGAGCAUCGAGGGGAAAGUCCUCGUCAUUCUGUCCAUGACGCUGGGCAUCAUCUCCAACACUGUGGCUCUUUUCAUUCUGGUCAAUGCCUACUCGACCCAGCGCCGGCGCUCCAAAGCCACAUUCCUGCUGUUUGCCACUUCACUGGUGGUGACAGAUUUUGUUGGACAUGUGGUUCUCGGCGCCCUGGUUCUGCGGCUGUACUUCCCAGGAAACGUGGGGCCCGGGCACUUUGACUCCUCUGAUGGCACGUGUCAGUUCAUGGGGGGUUGCAUGGUGUUCUUUGGGCUGUGCCCCCUCUUCAUGGGCUGUGCCAUGGCUGCAGAGAGAUGCCUGGGCGUUACCAGACCGCUGCUGCACUCGUCGAUAGUUACCAAGACUCGCUCAAAGGUUUGUCUGUCGCUCAUCUGGCUGGCGGCGCUGGGCGUGGCCCUGCUGCCCCGCCUCCAGCUGGGCUCCUACACCUAUCAGUACCCGGGGACCUGGUGUUUCAUCAACGUGCUCCACGACACCAGCCAGGUGGACUUGGCGUUUGUGGCGCUCUUCUCGGGGCUGGGCUUGACUGCUCUGAGUGCGGCUCUGCUGUGCAACACGGUCAGCGGACUGACGCUGGUUCUGGCCCGGCUCCGGAGGCAGCCCGGCUCCCAUCACUCAGCCCGCUCGCAUGACGUAGAGAUGGUGGUGCAGCUUGUUGGGGUCAUGGUCACCUCCUGUAUCUGCUGGUGCCCCCUGCUGAUCAUUGGCCUGACCUCUGUCAUCGACUCCUACAAAGGAAGCGUUGGGGAUCAGCUGUGCAGCUACAAAAGCUGGAUGGUGAUCGGAGUGAGGAUGGCCACAUGGAACCAGAUCCUCGACCCCUGGGUCUACAUCCUGCUGCGCCGCACCGUCCUACGCAAAAUCUACCUCAUCGCCAAGUGCCAGGCGGGGCUGAGGGGCUCGAUGGCGGGCCGCUGGGAGAACAGCUCUUUACCCAGCUUGGACAUGAAUGAAGUCAACAAAGUCUGAGAGGACAGAUGGAACACAGAUGUUGAAGGACUUUUCCAACAUUGCUGCAGUCAUGGAAGAACAGUCCGGCUGUGAGAGUCAGACAGCUCUGAGCUGUCCUACAUUUUCCUUUGUUGAAGUUUACCAACAGCUGCUGAUGAUGAUGAGCUUGCACAGUACAUAGUGAAUGCUUUUAUUUUGACUAAUAUUAUUAUUGUAGACUUUAAAAGAGUCUAGAAAACAGAAGGUUUCAUUUCUGACCUGAGUGAAACCAAGUGAAUGUGUUUGUCCAGCAGGGGGAGCUCUGCAGACGUUCAUGUGAGCCUGUUUGUUCACAAAGUUGGAAUCUGGAUCCCAGAACAACUUCCCUCUUUAUAUGCUCACACCCAGCAUGAAUGCUUUCAUUCAGGCAAGUUCCAGGAUGACCUUCUAAAGACGUACUGAUCCCAACACUCAAAAAGCUGUUUUCACCUUUGAUUCCUGUUAGCAGUGGAUAGCAAAGCUGCUCACAGCGCUCAGCCCCCUUCAGUGGAAAAAGCAGGUUUCUGCAUCUGAUGUAAAAUGUUUUAAAGCAGGAAAGUCAAAUGAAUGGGACCCUUGAACGUGUCGUUUUGAUCAAACAUCAGAUCAGACUUUAAACACUGUGACGUGUGUGUUGUUAUUUGAAGGCCCACUCUGAUGAAAAUGAUGUUUUUGGUGUUUUUAAGAUGUUUUUGUGGCAUUUUUCUGAUGAUUGAGGACAUAUGUAGGGAUUUUCAAAUUAAAAUUGUUUUUCAGAAAAUAUCUGUAUUGAAAUUGUUGAGACUGUUGAGGAGCAGAUGGGAAAAUGCAGUUUAAAAAGAUUGUUUUUGUGACGUUGAAAAGACCACAGUCUCCCAUUCAUCCACUGAUGGACAAACAGAUCCAUGAACGUUUGUUUUCCUCAUCUGAGUUGGAAUCAAAACUGUACGGCUGGGCAACUCUGUUAUUGCUCGCCAUUUUUGAGAGAUAUUGUUUGGUUGAGGUUUAGGUUGGGGUUGGGAGGGGCUGUGAGCAUAGCGGGAGAGAGUGGAAACAAAGGGAUGAUGGGAAAUGAGUGCAGGCUAACUCUGCACCAACAAUGCCGCUCACAACUCAGAGGUAAACUCCCGCUGCUCUGCAGAAACUUUGUCCUUGAAAACAACACAGGCUUUUAUUUGUUUGUUUUCAUUUUGGCUUAAAACAGCAUCAUCAUAAUUAAAAGACCACUGGGAACACUUUGACAAAAGAACUUUAAUCAAAAGGAGGAGAUUUGGGGAUUCACAAUAAAUUCUAUUUAUUUGAA